AUGGCUUCUCUCACCUCUCCUCUCUGCACGUGGCUUGUUGCUGCUUGCAUGUCAGUCACGUGCGAAUCUCACUCCUCUCUUUCUCCUCGUUCUCGUCGUCGCACCAAGAACCUCCUCAAUCUCAAUCUCAAUCUCCCCCUUUCCACUCCCAAUCGACACCGUUCUGGUAAAGUAAAGGCCGUAGCUUUAGAACCUGCUCAAGAAGGCACAACAACGAGAGAACCUCCUUUAAAGCAAAGGCGAGUAGUGGUGACGGGCUUGGGCGUGGUCACGUCACUUGGUCAUGAUCCAGAUGUCUUCUACAAUAAUUUACUUGAUGGUGUUAGUGGGAUAAGCGAGAUCAAUGCUUUUGAUUGUGCGGAAUUUCCAACGAGGAUUGCUGGUGAGAUCAAGUCUUUUUCAACUGAUGGCUGGGUGGCGCCAAAGUUUUCAAAAAGGAUGGAUAAAUUUAUGUUGUAUCUGCUGACAGCGGGGAAAAAAGCAUUGGUUGAUGCUGGAGUUACUGGAGAUGUAAUGGAUGAAUUAGAUAAAGCAAAAUGUGGUGUUUUGAUUGGCUCAGCUAUGGGUGGGAUGCAGGUUUUUCAUGAUGCCAUUGAAGCUUUACGAAUCUCAUAUAGGAAGAUGAAUCCUUUUUGUGUACCUUUUGCAACCACAAAUAUGGGUUCUGCCAUGCUUGCAAUGGAUCUGGGGUGGAUGGGCCCAAAUUAUUCAAUCUCUACAGCGUGUGCUACAAGUAAUUUUUGUAUAUUGAAUGCUGCAAACCAUAUAAUUAGAGGUGAAGCUGACCUGAUGCUUUGUGGUGGUUCAGAUGCUGCUAUAAUACCGAUUGGUUUGGGUGGCUUUGUAGCGUGCAGGGCACUUUCACAGAGAAAUGAUGAUCCUACUAAAGCUUCACGCCCGUGGGAUACUAACCGUGAUGGAUUUGUCAUGGGGGAAGGUGCUGGAGUUUUGCUUUUAGAAGAAUUAGAGCAUGCAAAGAAAAGGGGAGCCACCAUAUAUGCAGAGUUCCUUGGUGGAAGCUUCACCUGUGAUGCAUACCAUAUUACUGAGCCACGUCCUGAUGGGGCUGGUGUUAUUCUUUGCAUUGAAAAGGCAUUAGCUAAUUCCGGUGUUUCAAGGGAGGAUGUGAACUACAUAAAUGCACAUGCCACAUCCACACCUGCUGGAGAUCUUAAGGAGUACCAGGCUUUGAUUCAUUGUUUUGGCCAAAAUUCUGAUCUAAGAGUGAAUUCGACGAAGUCUAUGAUCGGUCAUCUACUAGGGGCAGCAGGUGGUGUGGAAGCCGUAGCAACUAUACAGGCAAUAAAGACAGGGUGGGUUCAUCCUAAUAUCAAUCUAGAAAACCCAGAUGAAGCAGUGGACACCAAUGUGCUUGUGGGCCCAAAGAAAGAGAGACUGGACAUAAAGGCAGGCUUGUCUAAUUCAUUUGGUUUUGGUGGCCACAAUUCUUCAAUCAUAUUUGCCCCUUUUAAGUGA